CUUCUGGCCAAAAAGGGCCUGGCUGAGCAGUAGCCAAAGUUGGCUGUGCCUUCCGGGUGCGAGGGUAAGCUAACUGGGCAAAGCCGCGGCCGCAGAGCCCGGGCGCAGUCGGAGCGGACGGGUUCCGACGCCAGCGCGAUGUGGCUGUUGCUGCUGCCGCUGGCUGCGCUGCUGCUGGCCGUCCUCGGCAAAGUUUGCCAGGGGUUGUUCUCCGGCAGCUCCCCGAACCCCUUCUCUGAGGAUGUCAAGCGGCCACCCGCGCCCCUGGUGACCGACAAGGAGGCCAGGAAGAAGGUUCUCAAGCAAGCUUUCUCAGCCAGCCGAGUGCCAGAGAAGCUGGAUGUGGUGGUCAUAGGCAGUGGCUUUGGGGGCCUGGCAGCAGCUGCGAUCCUGACCAAAGCUGGCAAGCGAGUUCUGGUGCUGGAACAACAUACCAAGGCGGGAGGCUGUUGUCAUACCUUUGGACAGGAUGGCCUUGAAUUGGACACGGGAAUCCAUUAUAUCGGGCGCAUGCAGGAGGGCAGCUUUGGCCGUUUUAUCUUGGACCAGAUCACUGAGGGGCAGUUGGACUGGGCUCCCACGGCCUCUCCCUUUGACAUCAUGGUACUAGAAGGGCCCAGUGGCCGAAAGGAGUUUCCCAUGUACAGUGGGGAGAAAGCCUACAUACAGGGCCUCAAGGAGAAGUUUCCCCAGGAAGAAGCUGCCAUCGACAAGUAUAUAAGGCUGGUUAAGGUGGUAUCCAGAGGAGUCACUCAUGCCAUCUUGUUGAAGAUCCUCCCGCUACCCAUGGUUCAGGUCCUCAACAAGUAUGGGCUGCUCACCCGUUUCUCUCUGUUCCUCCAUGCAUCCACCCAGAGCCUGGCCGAGGUCCUGCGGGAGCUGCCAGCCUCCCCGGAGCUCCAGGCCGUGCUCAGCUACAUCUUUCCCACUUAUGGCGUGACCGCCAGCCACACCACCUUUGCCAUGCAUGCUCUGCUGGUUGACCACUACAUAAAAGGGGCCUUUUAUCCCCGAGGGGGUUCCAGUGAAAUCGCUUUCCACACCAUCCCUGUGAUUCAGCGGGCCGGGGGUGCUGUCUUGACGAGGGCCCCUGUGCAGAGCAUCUUGCUGGACUCAGCUGGGAAAGCCUGCGAGCGUCAAAAUCCCACCGUGGAUGAACUCUAUGAGGCGAGGCUCUAUGCAAGGAAGGACUCUGGUAGACAGAACAGGCCAUCCAGGCUGUGGGCGCUUCAGAAGCAUCAGCUAAGGGGACAGAGAGCGGCCUGGGGAAAACAGAGCUGGCGUGACAGUAAAUUCACCAGAGGAGUCUUUCAAGGAGGAGGUGGUGUCACUGUGAAGAGGGGUCAGGAGCUGGUGAGCAUCUCUUGCCCCAUCGUGAUCUCCAACGCAGGAUUAUUCAACACCUACGAGUACUUGUUGCCAGAGAAGGCCCGCUGUCUGCCAGGUGUGAAGCGGCAGCUGGGGAUGGUGCGGCCCGGCUUGAGCCUGUUCUCUGUCUUCAUCUGCCUCCGAGGCGCCAAGAAGGACCUGGGGCUGCCGUCUACCAACUACUACGUUUAUUCUGACACAGACAUGGACACGGCGAUGGAGCACUACCUCUCUCUGCCGGCGGACAAGGCUGUAGAGCACGUGCCCGUUCUCUUCAUUGCCUUCCCGUCGGCCAAGGACCCGUCGUGGGAGGACCGGUUUUCAGGCCGCUCCACAGGGGUCGUGCUGGUGCCCACCUCCUACGAGUGGUUCGAGGAGUGGCGGGACGAGCCCCAGGGAAAGCGGAGCAGCGGCUACGAGACCCUCAAGAGCUCCUUUGUUGAAGCCGCUCUGUCGGUCGUCCUGAAGCUGUUCCCACAGCUGGAGGGGAAGGUGGACAGUGUGACUGGAGGGUCCCCGUUGACCAGUCAGUUCUACCUGGCAGCUCCCCGGGGGGCCUGCUACGGGGCUGACCAUGACCUGGGCCGCCUGCAUCCCGGGGCGAUGGCCUCCAUGAGGGCCCAGAGCCCCAUCCCCAACCUCUACCUGACAGGCCAGGAUGUCUUCACCUGUGGGUUGAUGGGAGCCCUGCAAGGGGCCCUGCUGUGCAGCAGCGCCAUCCUGAAGCGGAACCUGUACUCAGAUCUUCAGAAGCUUGGCUCAAGGGUCCAGGCACAGAAGAAGAAGAAUUAGUUUGGUCAGGGAUGAGUCAGAAGAACUUUGGCCAGUGGUCUGGCACAGCCCCUGACUUACCCAUGUCUUUCUGCAUUAGCUCCUCGAUCACGUAAAGCACCCUUGUUUUUGAUUCCUGAAUAAGAGGUCUGACACACAAGUGUAGCAUAGAUGGCGCUUUUUUUUUUUUUUUUGGCUGUGCUGCAUGGCAUGUGGGAUCUUACCCCGACCAGGGAUUGAAGUCCAUGCCCUCUGCAGUGGGAGUGCAGAGUCUUAACCACUGGACCAUCAGGGAAGUCCCUAGAUGGUGGUUCUUAAACUGAAGCUCUUCCAGCCAGGCAGGUGGUGAUCUUCCAUACCUUUUAUAACAUGCUGUCUCUACGAAAGGCCCAGCGUGGGCUACUGACUUGGGUGACUUUAAUGGUUCAUCAAGCAGCGCUCUGCAUCCCACACCCACACCUCCUAACUCUGAGCCAUCAAACCAAAUAUUCUUUUGUCAGGUGGCUAGAACCCUUGAGAGUGUGGGUCGGCUGAAGCAGGGUGGUCCCACUGGCCAGAGGCUUCUCUUCCCGUUCCCCCUUAGUGCCUCUCCGCGGGAGUUCUACGCAGUGGAGAGAGGGUGCCUGAUGAGCAUGGUUUGGGUUGUAGUUCCAUAGGUUCAGAGGCUCCAGAUCUCAUUUUUCUGGUUCCACUGGCUUUCAGCGGGUGGGGAAACGCCUGUGAUAGGGUCCAUGCAGACGUGGGGGCAGGGGGCUGACAGGACGCAUUAGUUAGCGAGGUGUAUGUUACAGAAGCACAUCCAGUGCGCACGCAGCCAGGGCCUAGGCUCGUCUUCCUUAUGAUCGGGGUUAAAUUGGGUUCUCACCAUGUCAGCACCAAGAUACCCUCCCAGACCUCAGGGCCUGAGCCUCAAGACUUAGCUUCCUAAAAUACACAGCGAGACGGGGGCGUUCGCCAUGAGGGCAGAGGCCUGGAAAGACAACUUCACUGGGGUUGACGCAGGUGGAGAGAGCUUUCAAGCCAAGGGUACAGCAAAGGACAGGCCCUGAGAGGUAACGAGUGUAUUAUGACAAGAAGCCCAGCUACUCCCAACCUAGGACAAGGGCUGCCUGGUGAGGAGGAGCGAGGUUGGCAGGCAGUCAAUCAGAACAUGGAAAAUUACAGACCGUGUGCAAAGCCUGGGAAUGCGUUUCCACUGUAUUGGUACUUACAUGGGGAUCGGGUGGGAAGGUGAGUGAAGGCUAAAGGUUAAAAAAAAAAAUGACCUUCCACUUACGUUAGGCCUUAUUUUAAUCAAUUUCAAUACAGUACUAAUUUAUUAAGAGGGGCAUUAAGAGGUACAAUAUAAUCAAUAAUACUGAAAUAACUUUGUAUGGUGACAGAUGGUUACCAGACUUACUGUGAUCAAUUUGUAAUGUAUACAAAUGUCGAAUCACUAUGUUGUAUACCUGAAACUAAUAUAGUGUUGUAUAUCGACUGUGCUUUUAAAAAAAAA